AUGCACAUCGAGGGACCUCAUUAUAGCAACACGUCGUCCAGCUUUGCUUUUGUCGAGCUACAGGGAGUCAGACUGGGCCAUGUGCAUGCGCGAGGAGGCGUUGCUGUACCUUCCAUGCUGCAUGGAUCUGCAGACCGUCCAGACUCUGUUCCAUUUCCGAGAAGUGGAACUUUGGGAUGGCAUUACAGUAAAAACUACAGCAAUGUGCUUCCGAUUUUAGUGAAGAACUCAAUAAAAACGGGGCGAGGGAAAGGAAAAAAGAGAAAAAAGUCCUUUGUUAGGACUGGCCCUCACUCUCACACCGUCGUACUCACUCCCGGACCGUCGUACCCAUCCUCCUACUACCCUCGUACCUAUCUUCACACCCUCCCUCGUACCGUACCUUACUCACUCUCACACCGUCCUACCCAUCGUCAUCACGUCGUACCUAUCAUCAUACCCUCCCUCGUACCGUACCCACAGAACCAGUCAGGCGCUCAUUCAACCCUCCCUUAUCAGCCUCGAGAAUGUCAAUGUCAUUCACAUGGCGGGAACACGCAUUUGACAACUACGACAUUGAAACUACAAAUCGGCUUCACUCUGAAAGCAGCAGUGACGAAGAAAAUCCCGCCGGCCGCUCUCGACCUGGAAAAGCCCCUAACAUAG